AUGUUUUACUCCGAAACUCUUCUGUCCAAGACAGGCCCGUUGGCCCGUGUGUGGCUGUCUGCCAAUAUCGAACGCAAACUGUCCAAAUCGCACAUUCUUCAGUCUGAUAUCGAAAGUAGUGUGAGCGCCAUUGUUGAUCAGGGCCAAGCGCCCAUGGCCCUUCGACUAAGUGGACAGCUUUUACUUGGUGUAGUGCGCAUCUACAGCCGAAAAGCGCGCUACCUAUUGGAUGAUUGUAAUGAAGCAUUGAUGAAGAUCAAAAUGGCUUUCCGUCUCACAAAUAAUAACGACUUGACGACUACAGUGGUGGCACCAGGUGGCAUUACUCUGCCUGACGUGCUUACGGAAUCUGAUCUUUUUGCUAAUCUAGAUGCGUCAUUGCUUUUCCCCCAGAAUCUGGGCCUGGAACCCGAGGGUAAGCGACCGGGUAUAAUGGAUUUUGGUAGCCAACUAUUGCCCGACAGCUCUUUCCGCCGCUCUGUCUCUCAGGAGCCCUCACACCUAGAAGAUCCCUCUCUAGUCGAUCUUAAUCUAGGUGAAGAUGAAGUUCCUCUUGGACUUGAUAGCACUAUGGAAAUUGGUCGAGAUGCGCCGCCGCCUCGUCCCAUGGAAGACGAUCUGUACAGUGACGCUGGUAAAUUCAACGACAACGAUGAUUUGGGUCUGGAUCUCGGCGAAGAUGACGCUCCGCUGGAUAAAAUGGAUCUCGGCGACGAUGAACAUAAUUUGAAUGACCUCCUGGUGGAUGGUCCUAUGGAUCUUGGUAACGACGAGGACUUCGGGGGCCAGACCCCGCGUCCAGAACUUAGCCGAUUUGACCGUGAAUCUGAAAGCCCUCUCUCGGACGCCGGCUCUGCUCAGAUGCAACAGCUCGAGCAAGAAUACGAACGACACAUCUCUGACUCUCCCGAACCCACUGAACAGAAUGGUCAGCGCUCUAAGCGCCAAAGAGUCGCAGCCUACUUGCCAUUGGAACGGGAAACCCGUCUGUCCGCGAGUGAGGCUAAGGCGCAGCAGCAAGAUCGCUCUGCAAUCUUGAAGCCUGCAACAUUCCUCCCCCGCGAUUCCGUCUUCCUUACCCUCAUGACCCGCCAACAAAACGGCGACUUUGUUUCAAGCAUCUUCGGUGAAGAGCGAAGCCUUGGCUGGGCUCCUGAAAUUCGUGGUCUCCUAUCUCUAGAAUCUGUAAAGAAGGCUGGUGAGCUGAAACGUAAGCGUGACAGCGGCAUUGCCGAUAUGGAUGUGGAUGCUGUUGAUCUUCCCGCAUUGGAUUUUGGCGACGAAGAAGCUAUUGUCCCUGAUGAUGAGGGUCUCGGUCUCGACACAACUCUUCACCAGCGCUCUGAAAUCGACUUCCCCGGUGAUGACGGCCAUCAAGACCUGCACCUGAGCGACGACGAGGGCAUUGAUCGUUCUCUGGAUGAGCUUGAUGAUAACGUCCACCCCGUAGACAACGAGCCCGUUUCCAUUGGCACCAAGCACGCUGUACACAUUCUGCGCGAGCAGCUGGGUGAACCUGCCUCUGAGCAGAACAAGAGCGUACUGUUCCAGGACUUGCUUCCCGAGAAGCGCUCCACCAAAGCAGAUGCCACCAAGAUGUUCUUUGAAGUCUUGGUUCUGGCCACCAAGGAUGCCGUUCAGCUUCAACAGAGGUCCGACUCCAUUGGUGAACCUCUCACAAUCCGUGGUAAGCAGAACCUGUGGGGUUCCUGGGCUGAGGAGAACGCUGCGGGUAUUCCCAGCCAACAGACCCAGGUUUUGUAG